CCUGAAGGGGCUUGUGUUUGGACGUAUUUUUUUGCCGGUGCUGCUUCUUGCGGUGAAAUUCUAGGGACUUUAUACCUCCAAGCUUUAGAAUGUUUAGUAGUAGUAAGAAGUUUUGGGAAUUCUUGUUCUACAUUCUCCGGUUUCAGCGACAACGUUGUUGGUACUGCAAAUGUGGUUCGUGGCGAUACUGGUAAGCAAUUGGUUAGUAGGUGCUUUUAUAGGUUUAGAUGGAAGCCGUCAGUACUUGUUGCCUUCUCAGCAGGUUUUUCCUUGAAGGACAUGGCGAUAUCUGACGAUGUGAUGGAAAAAGAAAGGGAUAUUACGCUUAAAAGACAAGAUUUACGGAAAGAAUGGGAGGUUUUGGUAGAACGUCAGGAUCUUCUUGUUGUUAAAAGAGAAAGAGAAGACAUUGGUCUCAGUGAAUACUGUUGUUCAGGAAGCUACAGGGAUAUCUCGGCUCGGGACUUCAUAGACGCUCAAAUGGACCUCGAGUACCGUCGAAAGUGGGAUGUUAACGUUUUAAGGCUCGAAGUUUUACAGGAAAAUAAAGACACGGACACACAAAUUAUUCGAUGGAUUGCCAGAUAUCCCUAUCCACUAUAUCCACGGGAAUACGUUUUCGUUCGUCGCAAAUACUUUGACAGUUUAAAUAACCGCGUGACAAUCGUAAGCUCUUCCCUCGAUGGCAAUUUAUACCCGUCGUCCAACGAUUAUGUACGAGUUGCUAGCUAUCAUUCUGUUCUGGUGGUUAAAGCUCAUGGAAAUUUUGAAGAAAAGGGUUUUGAUUAUGUACUUCUCUACCGUGAUGACCCUGGAGGUAACAUACCAAAAUACGCAUACAACUGGUUGGUCAACAGUGGAGGUCCCAAUUUUUUAACGAAGGUUUAUGAAGCUGCUAAAGGAUUGGAGAGUGCCCGCUUGAAUAAAAUGGAACAUGAUGGUGAUAUAAGUGUAGAUCUUGUCACAGGUACGACUAAGGAAAAGGAAACAAAUAAGAAUUUUGAAGUUGACCCCGUUGGCUCUGCUGAUGUAAUAUUUUCUGGAAACGUCCCUCAAUCAACGGUAGAUGCUAGUGCAGUCGACAGCAUUACUGACGAAAAGCGCGAUGAGUUUUUUAAAUUUAGUAGAGAAUUGAAAAUAGAAAAGAUUCCAACUACUGGCUUGGACGAUGGAAGUAUGUUUGAAACAGUUAGAAAUGACGCUGCUGAAGGACAAGUUCCUGGUGAGGUGGUUGAGGAGGAAUUAAGUGUUGGAACAUCUUCGAGUGAGAAAAUGAAUUGUUCUUCUGUUAAUGCCAAAACAGAACAUGAUCCUUUGGCAGUAAAUGCGGUGUCAAAUCCGAAAAAAGUUCAAGAAGAAGUGGUUCGUAAUGGUGCUUCUUCAAAUACUUUCUUUCUUUAUCGGAGACCGUCCUUUUCAAGCGUCUCUGAUCUACUAAAGUUAGUUGAAUAAGU